GUGUGGCUUUAUUUACCUGCUACUGUGUCUUUAAGAGGCCGCAGAGGAUGUCGGACAAGCAGGAGAUUCUGUGUAAGCUGGAGAAUAUUAAAGAAAUCCGGAACAAGACAUUACAGAUGGAGGAGCUGAAAGCGAGGUUACGUUCGGAGUUCCAGACAUUAGAGAGUGAGGAGAAACAUCUGAAGGACUACAAACAGGAGAUGGAGCUGCUGCUGCAGGAGAAGAUGGCUCAUGUGGAGGAGCUCCGACUCAUCCACGCUGAUAUCAACGUGAUGGAGAACACUAUAAAGCAGUCGGAGAGCGAUCUGAACAAGAUUUUGGAUUCGACGAGAAGAUUACACGACGAGUAUAAACCUCUGAAGGAUCACAUCGACGCGCUGAGAGCAUCGCUGGGUCUGCAGAAACUACCCCAACUGAGCCAGGAGGAGGAGCGCCUCUCCCUCGACUACUUUGAGAAGCAGAAGACUGAAUGGCAGUCGGAACCACCAGAGCCAUCAAUCCCAGAAUCCUUAGCGGCGGCGGCGGCUGCAGCCCAGCAGCUUCAGGCCGUGAGAAAACAAGAUUCACGACAACCGGCUUCGUUCAGGCAACAACCACCGCCCAUGAAGGCGUGUCUGUCGUGCCAUCAGCAGAUUCACCGGAACGCGCCGAUCUGCCCUCUGUGCAAAGCCAAGAGUCGCUCGCGCAACCCCAAAAAACCCAAGAGGAAACCCGACGAGUAACACACGCACACACACACACACACACACACACACACACACACACAUAUGGAACACUAGCAGCUCCCAGUAAACUCCAGUAAUGAUGAACAGCUUCCGUCGUUGUUUCUCUGUCCCUUUUUAUUCUCAACGCCCGUCAGAAACCCUUUACUGGUGUUACUGGUUUCACUAAGAGCGGCGUGUUUUGCUCGCUUUGCUCUGGCGGUGCCGUUGUUUCCCGAAUGAAGGAAGCGUCUACUACACCACGUCCCGUUCUGUUUCGUUGUCGCAUUACUGUGUGUCGUUUAAUGUUCGUUUCAAUAUUAAUGAAUUAAAAUGUCUUUUUUAAACAAGAAAUGUAAAAAAACAAUUUGUGUACAAUAAAUAAGGAGUGAAAGAG